AUGGAGAAAUCUAAAAACUUCCGCAUCGACGCGCUUUUGGCAGUCGAUUCUCCCAAAGUGCAGACUUCUCCUCUGGCUCUGGUAACUUCCCUGUCUUCCUCUUCCUCUUCCUCCCUCUCCAUCCCCACGUCUGGUUCCAUGGACUCUUUACGCGCCGAGUCUUUACGCGUAGACUCUUUACGCACAGAAACGCCGUCUCCACCGAGGAUUUCAAGCUGCGGAUUGAUCCCCAAACCUGGUUUCCUCAACAGUCCGCACAGUAUGCUCGGAUUACACCAUCAAAGCACCGGAGGAAUCCCCACCCAGGCUCUGUACGGACACCCCAUGUACAGCUACUCUGCUGCGGCUCUAGCAGGCCAACACCCCGCCCUGUCCUACUCUUAUCCAUCCCAUCAUCACCACAGCGACCCCAUCAAACUGACCGCGAGCACCUUCCAGCUGGACCACUGGCUGCGCGUGUCCACGGCCGGGAUGAUGCUGCCCAAAAUGUCCGACUUUAACUCCCAGGCGCAGAAUAACUUGCUUGGUAAGUGCAGAAGACCCAGAACUGCUUUCACCAGUCAGCAGCUGCUGGAGCUGGAGCAUCAAUUCAAGCUGAAUAAGUACUUGUCACGACCGAAGCGCUUUGAAGUGGCGACUUCCCUCAUGCUGACAGAAACUCAGGUUAAAAUCUGGUUCCAGAACAGACGUAUGAAGUGGAAGCGGAGCAAGAAGGCCAAGGAACAGGCGGCUCAGGAGGCCGAGAAGCAGAAAGGAGGAAAAGGAGGCCAGGACAAAUCUGAGGGAACGGAUAAGUCGGACUAUAAGAGCAAGACGGACUCAAAAAAUGGAAGAAUCAGAGACUUUAGAGACAGUGACGACGACGAGGGGGACACCUUCCUGUACAACUCGUCAGACUGCUCCUCAGAGGACGAGGCGAAUCACACCAGUGAUAUCAGUCCGCAGCCUUGAAGCUUGGGAAAAACGUGGAGAUUUGUAAUG